AUAAGGUCAUCGCUGUGUCUCAGCUUUUUCGGCUAUCCUUUCUCCUCUUCUGAGCAGCCAGCUAUAUCAUGGCGACGAUCACAAAUAUAUCAAACUCCUUCUAUAAAUAUCAUCAUGACCAUUCCUCCUCAAAAACACUUUUCCCAGUUUCGAAACUAUCCCUUCCUUUUGCCUUAAAUCCUCUGAAACCCUCCGACACCCGUUGCCGUAGUAAACACGGUUCUCUCUUCUGCUCUGCAGUUCCCAACGACGACCUCUCCCGAUAUGACCCCAAGAAACCCCGCAGGGGAUCUGAUAUCCUCGUCGAGUCCCUUGAACGUCAAGGCAUUGAAACAGUCUUCGCAUACAGUGAAUCCGUAUCCAGGCAACGCGUUGACAAAGUCUUCCCAUACCACCGUAUCAUAUCCCCGGAGCUCCAGGACGCGCUCAACCGCUCCUCCGUGAUACGUCACAUCCUUUCUCCAAGCGGCAAAAGUGCUCUUUUUGCAGCUGAGGGUUACGCUCGGUCCUCUGGAAAACUUGGAAUCUGUAUUAUAGCCUCCUCCGACCACCACCACAAAGGAGGUGACUACUAUCUCACUAGCUGUCUAGCUGACACCUACGUCCCUCUUGUGGCCAUAACCAGCCAACACUUUAUUGGCGAGGAGGCGUCAAUGCGUUUGUCGACGAAACAUAUAUUUCAAGUGAUGAAUGCAGAGGAUAUCCCCAAGAUCAUCGAGGAAGCCUUCUUUCUAGCAACUUCCGGUCGUCCCGGACUAGUUUUGAUUAAUCUUCCAGAGGCUAUUCAGGAAUGUUAUGCUGUUCCCAGUUGGGAAUCUUACUGGGACCAGAUUGUUAGGUUGAUAAAGGAGUCUAAGAAACCUUUGUUGCAUGUUGGAGGUGGCUGUCUCAACUCCAUCGAUGAACUAAACAGAUUUGUCCAACUCACAGGAAUCCCUGUCACGAGUGCAAUAAUGGGACUUGGAUCUUACCCUUCCAACGACGAGUUUUCAUUACAAACAUUCGGCAUGCAGCGGACGAUGUACGCGAACCACGCUUUAGAGCAAUGCGAUCUUUUGCUAGCUUUCGGUGUUGGUUCCGAUGAGCCUCUACCUGGCGAUGCUAAAACUGUCCACGUCGACAUCGACGCAUCGGGAGAUUGCCAGAGACGUCUUGUACCAGUGCGUGUGGAUGUUAACUUGGCUUUGCAAGAGAUGAACAAGAUUCUUGAGGAAAGAGCCGAUGAGCUCAACCUUGAUUUUAGACUCUGGAGGAUUGAGUUGAAAGAGUAUAAGCAACACACACCGUUGAGUUUCACGCCACCUGAAGAAGAAGAGGGGAUCCCUCCAGAGUAUGUGAUUCAAGUUCUUAACGAGUUAACAGAUGGUAAUGCCUUUAUAAGUACUGGUGUCGGGCAACAUCACACGUGGGCAGCGCAGCAUUACAAGUGUAAGAAACCCAUGCACUGGCUAGCAUCAAGAGGCUUCGAAGCCAUGGGGUUUGGACUCUCCGCUGCCAUUGGAGCGUCUGUUGCAAACCCUAAUGAGACUGUUGUGUACAUUGAUGGAGACGGGAGUUUCCUAACGAAUGUGCCACACUUGCCUACUAUCGUGACAGAGAAUCUUCCUGUGAAGAUAGUUAUGCUAGACAACCAGUACGUUGGUGUCUCCUCCCAGGCGAGAGAUAUAUGUUACAGGAAAUCUAUUCUCGGUGAUGAGGCCGAGAAUACUAUAAUAGCAGAUAUGAUCAAGAUUGCAGAAAUUAAUAAGAUUCCAGGGAGGAGAGUGUCGAGGAGAGAGGAAGUACGAGGGGCUAUACAGAUCAUGCUGGAGACACCUGGUCCAUACAUGUUGGAUGUGAUAGUUCCGCAUGAGAGGGAGAUUUUAGGAUGAAAUACUAAAACGAGCGAUUAGGGUGGUGAUUAUCUAACUUUGUGACCUUUUAUAUACAUAUGCAAAAUUUAAAGGUUAGUGUUUUUCUAGAUUUUUAGUAAAUUAAUAUUUUUGUGCUGAACUGCUACUUGGUUUACUAGGCCACUGCCACUGCUUCAACCGCUAGUAAAUUAUUAAAUUGGCACUUGUUCGGUUGCUU